AUGGGCCUCUCUCAGAUGCUGCCUUGGCACUCAAACUUUCUUUCUAAAUUCAAUUAUUCCUUCAAGAUGACUUCCAAGAGACUGAGAAAGGUGCUUGUUUUCACUUCGUUUUUGGUCUCUGCUGGAUUAGGUUUGUUUUACAAGCUGACUUCUAUCGGAAUUUGCACUGAUUGUCAAACAAACAAUAAGAGUAGUUUAUUUAAAUGGCCAGGUGAACACUUUUUGCACCUGCCACAUAUAGAUUGCAGUAGGAACCCUCCAUUCCUGGUAAUUCUUGUAACAUCAUCACCAAGCCAAUCAGACACCCGAAUGGCUAUCCGUGACACAUGGGGCAAAAAACACUUAAUUGCCAACAAACACAUUGUGACAUUUUUUCUUCUGGGAAUUAGUUUGAAUCACGAUAAUCAGAUUGCUGUUACUGCUGAAAGCCAAAAAUAUAGAGACAUCAUCCAAAAGGAUUUUAUAGAUACCUAUUACAAUUUGACAUUAAAGACCAUGAUGGGCAUUGAAUGGGUUCACAAAUUCUGUCCACAAUCUAGCUUUGUCAUGAAAACUGACUCUGACAUGUUUGUGAAUCCCUAUUACCUAACGGAACUCCUUUUAAAGAAAAACAGGACUACUAGAUUCUUUACUGGGUUUCUAAAACUGAAUGACCGUCCAAUACGAGAUACUUCCAGCAAGUGGUACGUGAGUUACUCUGAAUUUCCACGAAAUAAUUACCCUCCUUUUUGCUCAGGGACUGGUUAUGUUUUAUCCACUGAUGUUGCUAAUCAGGUAUAUAAUGUUUACCAAAAUAUCACUUUCAUCAAACUGGAAGAUGUUUUCAUAGGUCUCUGCCUUGCAGAACUCAAUAUUAUACCUGAAGAACUCCAUUCAAAGCAAACAUUCUUUCCAGGAGAAGUCGCAUUUUCUGUAUGUCACUUUAAGAAAAUUGUGACAUCCCAUCAUGUCACGCCUCAUAACUUGCUGGUCUACUGGAAUGCACUGGAGACAUCAAUGGAUAACGAGUGUUCAGGUGACUGAUACAUUUUAACCAUCAAACACAAUCUAAAAUUGCUACUCAAGACAGAGAUCUUGCAGUCUUGACUUUAGUACUGGUACCAGAAUCCAUAUAGUAAAAGGAACUCUCCAGUAGAAUUAAAUUCCAUUCCAGUUCUAAUUUACUUCCUCCCGUGAUUUGUUCUUACUCAUGUACCAACAUUUUGCUUUCUUACAGGGCAUUAUGCAA